AAGAGGGGGCGGGGCAGGGUGGUGUGUGAUCUGAAAGGCGGAGAGUGGCUGAUGGACUAUGAGUGUGUCUGUGUGAGUUCGAGGCAGUGUCUGUGGGUGACGAUGUCAGUGUGUGUAGGCUCCGUAACUGCUGUCAUCUGGUGUGUCUGUCAGCGAAUGUGACUGCGUCUGAGAGUGUGAUUGUAGCUGAGUCUGCAUGUGGCACAGCAGUCAGUGGGUAAUUUUUGGUGCGUGUUCGUUUGUGAGAGGGACUGUGACCGCACCAGGGAGUGUGUUUUGGGAAACUCUGUGGGGUCUGCCAGUGUGAGAGUGGAUGGUUGGGUUUCUGUGUGAUAGCGUGUGAUGUCCGAAGUGGAAGAACAAGAGACUUGUGACUGCAGUGUGUCCUGUGUCCUCGCCUAGACGGUUUAGGAGUGAGGCUGUGUUCUGAUAUUCCGGGAAACUUCAGUUGUUGAGGGAGACUGACUUUCCUACCGGGCCUGCAACAUAGACAGAUCCACCCCCAGUGCACAUGGCUCUCCAUCUUCCUCUGCCCAAGAUUUGACGGGGGCUGAGAAUGCAGCUCUAUGGUAAAGUGCUUGUCUAGCGUGAGCCAGGGCCUGGGUUUCAUCUGAGAAAGUGAGUCUCGUCACUGGGCCACAUGUACUCCAAGCCUCUGGAUUGCUGGGAUUACAGAUGAGCAGCAGCUGCUCAGGGCUGAGCAGGGUCCUGGUGGCUGUGGCUACAGCCCUGGUGUCUUCCUCCUCCCCCUGCCCCCAAGCCUGGGGUCCUCCAGGAAUGCCCUCCACAGGGGUCCAGUAUGGGCAGCUUGGCAGGUCCAUGAUGCUGUGCUGUCCUGGAGUGAACGCAGGGACGCCAGUGUCCUGGUUUCGGGAUGGGGAGUUAAGGCUGCUUCAGGGACCCGACUCUGGACUAGGACACAGACUGUUCUUGGCCCACGUGGACAGCACUGAUGAGGGCACUUACGUCUGCCAGACCAUGGAUGGUGUAUUUGGGGGCACAGUGACCCUGAAGCUGGGCUUUCCCCCAGCUCGUCCCGAGGUCUCCUGCCAAGCAGUAGACUAUGAAAACUUCUCCUGUACUUGGAGUCCCAGCCAGGUCAGCGGUUUGCCCACCCGCUACCUUACUUCCUACAGGAAGAAGAUCCUACCAGGAACUGAGAGUGAGAGGGAAAGUUCAUCCACAGGGCCUUGGCCAUGCCCACAGGACCCUCUAGAGGCUUUCCGAUGUGUGGUCCAUGGGGCAGAGUUCUGGAGUGAGUACCGGAUCAAUGUGACUGAGGUGAACCCACUGGGUGCCAGCUCAUGCCUACUGGACGUGAGAUUACAGAGCAUCUUGCGUCCCGAUCCACCCCAGGGACUGCGGGUGGAAUCAGUACCUGGUUACCCGAGACGCCUGCAUGCAAGCUGGACAUACCCUGCUUCCUGGCGCCGCCAACCCCACUUCCUGCUCAGGUUCCGGCUACAAUACCGUCCAGCACAGCAUCCAGCCUGGUCCACGGUCGAGCCAAUUGGCUUGGAGGAGGUGAUAACGGAUGCCGUGGCUGGGCUGCCCCAUGCGGUACGAGUCAGUGCCAGGGACUUUCUGGAUGCUGGCACCUGGAGUGCCUGGAGCCCAGAGGCCUGGGGUACUCCUAGCACUGGUCCCCUGCAGAAUGAAAUAUCUGAUGGGAACCAGGGACACAAACAGCAAGAGGCAGUAGGUCAGGAGGACGGUCCCACCCCUCCAAGGCCAUCCUUGCAGCCAGACCCAAGACCGCUUGAUCACAGGGACCCCUUGGAGCAAGUGGCUGUGUUAGCAUCUUUGGGAAUCUUCUCUUUUCUUGGCCUGGCUGUUGGAGCCCUGGCACUGGGGUUCUGGCUGAGGCUGAGACGGGGUGGGAAGGAUGGACCUCAAAAACCUGGGCUGUUGGCACCAAUGAUUCCAGUGGACAGGCUUCCAGGCAUUCCAAACCUGCAGAGGACCCAGGAGAACUUCAGCUGAUUCCGCCUGUAACCCUUUCCGGCUGGGGUGGUUAAAUGGACGGGCAGAAAAGGAGGCAGAGCAGUGUGGAUCCCUAUGGAUGGAGGUCUCAGUUGGAAGUCUGAAGCCCUUUUUUUUGAGACCCUAUAUUCCAAGCUUGCUGCCAGCUAAACGCUGCCUGGACUUCUGAUGUCAUCCUUGAGGUGGAAGUUCACCCAAGGAGUGUGUAAAGAUGUGCAUGUCUGUGUCCACCUGUGACUGUGCAUACGUGAGAUAAGGAACAGACAUUCUCUGUAUGUGUGUAUAUAGAUGCUCGGAGAGUGUGUGCAGACCUUGGCCUUGGCCCUUGUGGGGACUGUGAAGAGUUGAAAUAAAGAGACUGAAGAAGUUUUUGGA